UUAGAACUUCUCUCAAUUCGGCUCGCUCAUCAGCUCCUUUUAUCACUUCUCUAUAGUUCUAUCGCAGUGUCCAAUGGAGAGACAAACCUAAAUUACUUUUCUACACGUACAACUCCAAGCCAGUAUAUACAGGUAUAAAACUGAUGCAUACAUAUAUCUGUAUGGAGGGAGUCGACAGUGUUUAGAGAGAGAGAGAGAGUGUGUGUGUGUUAUAGAGAGGGAGAGAUGGAGCAUCCAGAACAAGAGCAGGAACACGAAGUGUACGGAGGAGAAAUUCCCGAUGAAGGUGAGAUGGAUGCCGAUGUCGAGAUGUCUAGGGCUGAAGAGGACGACACUAACACCAAGGAUUUGGAGGACAUGAAGAAGAGACUCAAGGAGAUAGAAGAAGAAGCAGGCGCCCUUCGCGAAAUGCAGGCCAAAGUUGAAAGAGAAAUGGGCGCUGCUCAAGACUCUUCUGGUAGUUCUGCUACUCAGGCUGAAAAGGAGGAGGUCGAUUCGCGCUCCAUUUAUGUCGGUAAUGUAGACUAUGCAUGUACACCAGAGGAGGUCCAACAACACUUUCAAUCCUGUGGAACAGUCAACAGGGUGACAAUUCUGACAGACAAGUUUGGUCAACCUAAAGGAUUUGCAUAUGUCGAGUUUGUGGAAGUUGAAGCAGUUCAGAAUUCUCUUCUGCUAAAUGAGUCAGAGUUGCAUGGUCGUCAAUUAAAGGUUUCUGCAAAACGAACUAAUGUUCCUGGGAUGAAACAAUAUCGAGGGAGACGUCCCAACCCAUAUUUUGGGUUUCCUGCCCGGAGGCCAUUUAUGCCUGGUCCAGCUUUCUAUCCUGCAUAUGGAUAUGGAAGGGUCCCGAGGUUCAGGCGGCCUAUGCGGUUCAGACCAUACUGAUGGUUCAUUUUGCUCGACUUGUGUCAGGAGGUCCAUCGUCUUGUUUGGAGUAGUGGCCCCUCGUAUGGACAAGCAAUUGCAAAGUUUAACUUUUUCUUUUGGCCCUAUCAGUAUUUCUGUAACAUCGAGGAAGGGUCAUUUUAGCAGAACUUGUACCAUCAUCUGCAUACCAAAAGAGCAGACUUCAUUUCUUUUCCGGAUCUUUAAGUUAAUAGGACUAAGCGGCUUUUAAGUUCUUUCGUCACUUGCGUUUUAUCUUUAUGAAAAACUUGAAAUAAGGAAAGACCAUUUGUUUA